AGUUCAGUGUUUUAGCAGCAUCCUAUUCCGAUUCGCCGUUGGAUUUCUGCACCAACCGCUCGUUUCUUCGCCUCUGAUCGGCGAGAGAAGUGAUUCAAGAGUUUGGUCGAGAUGGCUACAUUUGCCAAACCUGAGAAUGCUUUGAAACGAGCUGAAGAGCUAAUUAAUGUUGGACAAAAGCAAGAGGCCCUGCAAGCACUUCAUGGUCUAAUUACUUCAAAGAGGUACCGAGCAUGGCAAAAGACUCUUGAGAGAAUUAUGUUUAAGUAUGUGGAGCUAUGUGUUGACAUGAGAAGGGGAAGGUUUGCUAAGGAUGGUCUAAUACAAUAUCGUAUUGUUUGCCAACAAGUCAAUAUUAAUUCCCUGGAGGAGGUGAUCAAACAUUUCAUGCAUUUGGCCACCGAGAGAGCUGAAUUAGCACGCAGUAAAGCACAGGCUUUAGAGGAAGCUCUGGAUGUUGAUGACUUGGAAGCGGAUAAUCGGCCUGAAGAUUUAAUGAUUAGUUAUGUUAGCGGGGAGAAAUGGAAAGACAGAUCUGACCGUGAGAUGGUUACUCCUUGGUUUAAGUUCCUGUGGGAGACAUACAGAACGGUAUUGGAAAUAUUAAGAAACAACUCAAAGUUGGAGGCUUUAUAUGCAAUGACAGCUCACCGGGCCUUUCAGUUCUGUAAGCAAUACAAGAGGACGACAGAAUUUCGAAGGUUGUGUGAAAUUAUUAGGAACCAUCUGGCCAACCUUAACAAAUAUAGAGACCAACGAGAUCGGCCUGAUCUGUCUGCUCCAGAAAGUUUGCAGCUGUAUCUUGACACAAGAUUUGAACAGCUGAAGGUUGCCACUGAACUUGCACUCUGGCAGGAAGCAUUUCGCUCAGUCGAGGAUAUUCACGCAUUGAUGUGCAUGGUCAAGAAAACUCCAAAGGCAUCCUUAUUAGUUAUUUACUAUGCCAAGUUAACAGAAAUAUUUUGGAUCUCAUCCAGCCAUCUAUAUCACGCAUAUGCCUGGCUCAAGCUUUUUUCACUUCAGAAAAGUUUUAAUAAAAACUUAAGCCAGAAGGACCUGCAGUUAAUUGCUUCGUCAGUUGUUCUGGCUGCACUUUCAGUAUCACCUUAUGAUUGCUCAUAUGGUGCAUCUCACUUGGAGCUUGAAAACGAGAAAGAGAGAAGGUUGCGUGUGGCUAAUCUUAUUGGGUUCAAUGUUGAGCCUAAACCUGAAAGCAGAGAAAUGCUUUCAAGGUCAUCUCUUCUUUUGGAACUGGUGGCCAAAGGUGUAAUGGCAUGUGUGACGACAGAAGUAAAAGAUAUAUAUCAUUUACUCGAGCAUGCAUUCCAUCCAUUAGAUCUUGCAGCCCAAGUCCAGCCCCUGCUGACAAAAAUCUCGAAGCUCGGAGGUAAGCUUUCUUCAGCUUCUUCUGUCCCAGAAGUGCAGCUGUCUCAAUAUGUCCCUUCGCUUGAAAAGCUCGCCACUCUGAGACUGCUGCAGCAGGUAUCUCAAGUGUAUCAAACAAUGAAGAUUGAAACUCUAUCUGGGAUGAUCCCAUUUUCUGAAUUUGCUCUUGUGGAAAAGAUAGCCGUCGAUGCAGUUAAAAGCAAUUUUAUUUCCAUCAGGAUUGACCAUAUGAAAGGUGCUGUUUUCUUUGGUAGUCAGGGUCUUGAAUCAGAGGGCUUACGGAACCAUUUGAGCAGUUUUGCGGAAUCUAUGAGUAAGAUCAGGAACCUAAUUUAUUCUCCGCUGAAAAAAGUAUCACAACUUGGGGAAACAUUGUCGAGUUUACCAGAUGUGGUAGAAAAGGAACACAAGAGACUUCUUGCCCGUAAGUCUAUAAUUGAAAAACGUAAAGAAGAACAAGAGCGCCACCUUCUAGAGAUGGAGAGAGAGGAGGAGUCAAGGCGACUAAAAUUGCAGAAAAUAACUGAAGAGGCUGAACAGAGAAGGCUUGCUUCUGAAUAUGAGAGGAGGAAGAACCAAAGGAUUCUUAGGGAAAUAGAAGAGAGGGAACUUGAAGAGGCUAAAGCCUUGCUUCAGGAAGCUGAGAAACGAAGUAAAAAAAAGGGGAAGAAACCAAUCAUAGAUGGAGAAAAAAUAACAAAGCAGACCUUAAUGGAGUUGGCUUUAAGUGAGCAACUGAGAGAGAGGCAAGAAAUGGAGAAGAAACUGCAAAAGCUUGCCAAAACUAUGGACUAUUUGGAGAGAGCAAAAAGAGAAGAAGCUGCUCCUCUCAUUGAAAUUGCAUUUCAACGGAGAUUAGUAGAUGAGAAAGAUAUCCAUGAACGUGAACAACAGAGAGAGAUUGAACUAAGCCGGCUGCGCCAUACAGGAGAUCUUGAGGAGAAGAGGAGGCUAUCUGAGAAGCUGGGGAAUAAGAAAAUUUUUCAAGAAAGAGUUGUGAAUCGCCGUGAAGCCGAGUUUAACAAAUUAAAAAAGGAGAGGCUGGAGCAAAUUAGCCAAAUCAUCCGGUCAAGAAAAUCGGAGAGAGAGACUAGAAGAAAGAUGAUAUAUUAUCUGAAACUGGAGGAGGAUAGGAUGAAAAAGUUGCGUGAAGAAGAGGAAGCCCGCCAACGUGAAGAGGCUGAGAGACGGAAAGAGGAGGAAGCUAAACGCAAGGCCAAACUGGAUGAAAUUGCUGCGAAACAGAGGCAGCGUGAGCUUGAACUGGAAGAGAAAGAAAAACGGUGGAAAGAAGAAGUCUUGCAGAUGAGACCCACCAUCGUGCCUGCAAACUCAGCCCAUUCAGACCAGCCUCGAACAUUGGACUCUGCACCAUCCCAAGGUGGGAAAUAUAUUCCCAAACACAGAAGAGCUCAGGCUGAAAGUGCUCCUCCUCCUCAGGAUCAACGCAGGGGUGGUGGCAACAGGAUGGAUGACAGACCUGACAAGUGGCGUGAAGACAGGAGACCGGUGUCUGGCAUGGUCGGUGGGCCCAGGUCUUCAUUCUUGUCCUCCAGGUCCCGGGGUGAACGCUGAGGCUGCAUGCAUGUGUAGUUUUGCUCCCAAGUAAACAAGUUUUUGCAUGAAAUAUUGGUGCUGGUUCUGUGGUUAUCUGACCCUUCAAAAUUUUUAAAUAAGUAAAGCUCCCUUUAUUUUAAAUGCUAAAUCUGAUAUACACGUUUCAUUUGUUUGACACCUGCAAUUCAUGGUCUUAUUGUCACAAACAAAAUCUUUGUCAAUUUUCAUACAUUCGGUUUCAAAUUAUUUGUUGUUUUUAGUCUUUCCA